AUGUGCCGUGCUCGGGGCAGCAGCGGCAGCAGCAGCAGCAGCAGCAAGGGAAGGCGGGGCCAGGGCAUGGCACGCAAAUCGGAGCGGCAAGCCCAGGCGGCAAGAGGCAACGCGAUCUCCGUUGGCCAGGUGAAGGCGUCACGCGCACGCGAUCUUCCAUCGGCGCAGUGGCGCGCGUCAUGGGGACGUCGCGUGCUGUCGUCGUGGGUUGGAGGGGCAGGCGAAAGUGAGGAGCAGGGCGACAAAAUGGUUGCCGCUGGGAAAGCGGGAGCGAGCGGGGACAAGAACUUGUUUCGGAGGACUAGGGAGUGGGAUGGGGUGGGGGUAUUGUUUCCUUGCUUUUGUAACGAGAACUUUGUGGGCGCCGGUUCUGCGCCGCCGAAAGGCAGGGAGUCGAUCGAAGGUGCAAGGGAUAGAUCCCGCGCAGAAACGGAUGCGGGUCGGGCGCUACGGUUUCCUCUUCAGAAGGGAGUGGGUGCAGAAAUCAUCUCUGAUAAGGAGCGAACAGUAUUUCUGGAGAACGUGCGCGCUUCUCAACUGCUCGCUCUUCCUGUGCUUUGGAGAAUAGCUUACUGCCUAGAUUUCAGCACUCGGGCAUCUCAUUUUCACUGGCUAGGUGCCAUAUCCUGUUUUCUUGGAACGGGUGUUGAGGAAAUUUCAGGGAUGAGAGGCUAUAUGAAACAUUUAAAACACCAAUUUUGCCCCUUAGUAUCACCAAGCUCUCGGUGCAAAAAACAAAAAGAAAAAAACAGCCUGACUCUUAGUCCCAUUCAUUGUGGAAUCAAUACAAGGUCUUUGCUGUAUCCAAUGGUUUGUUCCUGCUGCCAGAAUGACGUAUGUGAGAAAAAUGAAUUCUUCCUCUUUAAACAUUUGUACUGGGUAGGCAGAGAUUGAAGACAUCUGAAGAACUAAAGAGUGUGGGGGAAAUAGAGCAGGAAAAGUUUAGUUUGGCCAUUUAGUUUAAUGGUUUUUCUGUCUUAAACUGUAAUUACAAUAAGGGGCUUUCUUAAAAAAAAUUAAGAUCCCAAACAAAAAACUUUAGUGUAACAUAAAUAUAACAUUCACUUAUACUACUCAAGUGUGCUUUUCAGCUUCAAAUUGCUAAUAAAAGCUUUUUGCAUGUGAUAUUUUUUAGUUUUUGGGGUGAAGGAAGUUGGCUUAAGUGAUACAGUGGAAUUUUUGAUCAAUUUUACUAAAAACUGAAAUAGAUUUGAAUCAUUUAUUUAACACACUUUCUUUUUGACUAGCUGAAAAGAGCAUCUUAUUAUAUAACUAAAAUUACUGCCGUACAGUGGUACCUCGGUUCACGAACUUAAUUCAUUCCGUGACUCUGGU